AUGUGCAACGAGCUGGGCGAAUAUUCAAAUACUCAACGCAUCUCGCCGUUUCUCUUUCAAGAAAAAAACGACGACGCAUCCAUCAAGAACUCUUUGAUAAAAAAGAAAAAAAAAAAAGUUGGAAAUGAACUGGUCGAUAAAAGUAUUGCAAAGACAGAAUCCAUCCGAAUCGACUUGACUAUCCCGAGGCAAUAUGAAUACUCCCUAUCUCUUCCAUUCUCUCUCUCUCUCUCUCUCUCUCUCUCUCUAUCUAUCUAUCUAUCUAUCUCAUUUUUUCUCACCGCCCUGUCUCUUUUUUUCCCUUCUCUCUCCCAAUGGUUUUCUUUCUCUAACGCUAAAGCUUUCUUUCUCGCACCCUUUGUAUUAUUCUUUCAUUUUCUUUCUCCUACUCACCUACUGUCUUACUCUAUCGUUUUCUUUUAUUACGUUCUCUCUAUUCCUCUCAAUCAUUCUCUCUCACCUUCUCUGUCUUACUCUCUUUCUUUCUCUCUCUCCGUCUUCUAUCGUUUGUCACUCUUCUGUCUGUUUCUCCCUCUCUUGUUUUCAAAUUUAAACGCUCUCCCUCCGUCUAUCAGUCUAUUAUUUUCCCUUUUUUUCUUCUCCCCCCUCUCUCUCUCUCUCUCUUUCUCUCUUGCCUUUUCUUUUCUUGUUUUAUUUGCCAAACGCUCCCCCAACUCUCACUCUUUAGCUGUUGCUCUCUCUCUUUCUUUCUUUCUUUUUUCUUCCUUCCUUUCUUCCUUAAUAGGCUACUUUUACUCAUUCAUUCAUUACAUCUUUCUUGCAGUCUCCUUUUCUUUCUUUCUUUCUUUCUUUCUUUCUUUCUUUCUUUUUUUCUUUCUUUCCAUCUCUUUACUUUCUCUUUCGUUUUCUCUCUCUUUUCUCUUGCUCAUUAUGUCUUACUGUCUUUAUUUUACGCGAUUUAUCUUUCGUUUUUUUUUUUUUCUACCACUCUUUCUUUCUCGCUCCAUCAUCCUCUCUUUCUUUCUUUCUUUCUUUCUUUCUUUCUUUCUUUCUUCUUUUCUUUCUUCCUUUCAUUUCUUUCUUUCUUUCUUUCUUUCUUUUUUCUUUGGCUCUCUCACUCCCUCUCUCUCUCUCUCUCUCUCUCCAUCAUUCUCACUCACUCUCUCUACUCUCACACUUCCUCUCAGGCUCUCCCUCAUUCACUCGCUUUCUUUUCUUUCCCAUUCUAUCUAUCUACAGUUUGUUCAUAUCUAUCUAUCUAUCUAUCUAUCUAUCUAUCUAUCUAUCUAUCUCUCUCUCUCUCUAUCUAUCUAUCUAUCUAUCUAUAUAUAUAUAUAUAUAUAUAUAUAUAUAUAUAUAUCUGUGUGUCUGUUUAUGUCAUAG